AUGGGCCUGUCGAGUUCUAAAACUCCCAAAGUGAAGCAAGCCCAAAUUCUCCUUCUGGGCCUGGACUCUGCGGGGAAGUCCACCGUCCUGUAUAAACUAAAGCUGGCCAAGGACAUCGUGACCAUGCCCACCGUGGGGUUCAACGUGGAGAUGCUCGAGCUGGGCAAGAGCCUCUCGUUCACGGUGUGGGAUGUGGGAGGCCAGGAGACGAUGAGGACCCUGUGGGACUGGUACUGCGAGCGCGCCGACGGGCUGGUGUACGUGGUGGACAGCGCGGACCGGCAGCGGCUGGAGGAUGCCAGGAGGGAGUUCGAGCACAUCCUCGGGAACGAGCACAUCAGACACGUGCCGGUGGUCCUGCUGGCCAACAAACAGGACAAGCCGGGGGCUCUGACCGCCGAGGACAUCACCAGGCUGUUCCAGGUGCAGAAGCUCUGCUGCGACCGCAGCUGGUACGUGCAGCCCUGCUGUGCCAUCACCGGGGCCGGGCUGGCCGAGGGCUUCGGGAGGCUGACCGAGUUCGUGAAGAGCUACGUGCCAUCCCGGGCCGACACGUUCACCUUCUUCAAGCAGAACUGA